AGAUCGGGCUCAGAUGUGUUUAGCUCUGUGUCUGUGAAGAGUGACCGUUCAAUGGACCCUCCACCAAGAUUAAGUGAGGAAACACCAUCUAUCAAAAGUGUAAGAUCGGGCUCAGAUGUGUUCAGCUCUGUGUCUGUGAAGAGUGACCGUUCAAUAGGAGAACCAGUAAAUUUCAGUGAGGAAACACCAUCUAUCAAAAGUGUUAUUGAAAGAUCAGGCUCACAUGUGUUCAGCUCUGUGUCUGUUAAAAGUGACAAGUCACUUAAAAAUCCACCAAACUUAAGUGAGGAAACACCGUCAUCUACCAAAAGUGUAAGAUCGGGCUCAGAUGUGUUCAGCUCUGUGUCUGUGAAGAGUGACAGUUCAAUGGAACGACCACAAAAUUUAAGUGAGGAAACACCAUCUAUCAAAAGGGUUCAAGAGACUCACAGGUACCAAGAGAAUUUCAAAGACAAUCUCCUGUCAAUAUUCCAGGAUCUUGAGAACAAAAUGAUCCCAUUUCUGAAAAGUGAGCUGGAGAAAUUUAUGAAUAUAUUACAAAAAAAGAACAUACAAUACUUAGUGGAGGACUUUAAUAAGAAUAGAUGUGAUACCAAGGAAGCAGCUCUUGAUCUCACCCUCUGCUUCCUGAGAGAGAUGAAGCAAGAUGAAGCUGCUGAUACUCUAGAAGAUGAGCUGGUCUUCAUUCAUCAACUAAAAUGUAACCUAAAGAAGAAGUAUCAAUGUGUGUUUGAAGGAAUUGCAAAGCAUGGUGACUCUACACUUCUGAAUAACAUCUACACAGAUCUAUAUAUCACUCAGGGUGGUAGUAAACACAUCAAUAUUGAACAUGAAGUAAGACAGAUUGAAGUUGCUUCCAGGCAUCUUGAAUCACAAGAGAUACAGGUUGAAUGCACAAAGAUGUUUCAAGCUCCUGAACAAGAAAAAAAGAUCAGAACUGUACUGACGAAAGGAGUUGCUGGCAUUGGAAAAACAAUCUCUGUGCAAAAGUUUGUUUUGGACUGGGCUGAAGGACAAGAAAAUCAAGAUAUCAGGUUUAUAUUUCCUCUUCCAUUUAGAGAGUUGAACCUAAAGGAGAAAGAAACACAAAGCUUGAUAAGCAUUAUAAGUCAGUUUUUCCCAGAGACAAAAAGACUGAACCUUAUCAGAAGGAAUCAGUUCAAAGUUCUGUUUAUCCUUGAUGGUUUGGAUGAAUGUCGUCUUCCUUUAAACUUCGAUGGUAAUGAGACGUGGCAUGAUGUAUCAUCACCAGCCUCUCUGGAUGUUCUCCUAACAAACCUCAUCAAGGGAAAUCUGCUUCCUUCUGCUCUCAUCUGGAUCACAACCAGACCAGCAGCUGCCAGUAAGAUUCCUCCUGACUGUAUCGACCGGGAGACAGAGAUACGAGGGUUCAAUGAUGCACAAAAGGAAGAGUACUUUAAAAAAAGGUUCAUGGAUCAGAAUCUCGCCAGUGAAAUUAUUGAUCAUGUAAAAAAAUCAAAGAGUCUUUUUAUCAUGUGCCACAUCCCAGUCUUCUGCUGGAUUUCAGCCACUGUUCUCCAGAAUAUUUUGGAGGAGAAAAAAAAUUAUGGUCUGAAAAACAAUCAGGCUGAUGACACCUCCAAAGCGCUGCAGGAAUCAAAUAAUGAAGACAUUCCUAAGACUCUGACGCAAAUGUAUACACAUUUUCUCCGCUUUCAGAUAGUGCAAAGCAGACGGAAGUAUGAUGGACAGUAUGCUCCAGAUAUUUCCUGGGAUAAAGAUGCCAUCCAUUCACUGGGUAAACUGGCAUUUCAUCAGCUGGAAAGAAACAACCUGAUCUUCUAUGACACAGAUCUGGAAGCCUGUGGUAUUGACAUCUAUAAGGCAUCAGUGUAUUCAGGCAUGUGUACCCAGAUCUUUAAAGAGGAAACGGGAAUCAUUCUUGGUACCAUGUACUGCUUUGUUCACUUGAGCAUUCAAGAGUUUAUUGCGGCCCUUUAUGCACAUCUGUUUCUAGACAUCAACAAGAAGAGUGUGUUUGUUUAUGAGUCUACAGAACAAGAAAACAGAAAUAAAACCAUGAUUGAUUUGCUCAAGACUGCAGUGGACAAGGCACUUGAGAGUGACAGUGGACACCUGGACCUUUUUCUUCGCUUUCUUCUCGGUUUGUCACUCCAAUCCAAUCGACUACUUUUACAAGGUCUGUUGACACAGCAAGAUGCCAUCGACCAGAGCAAAAAGGAAAUAGUUCAGUACAUCAAGCAGAAAUUAGAGGAUAAUUUGUCUCCAGAGAGAUCCAUCAAUCUGUUCUACUGUCUGAAUGAACUGAACGACCAAACUCUGGUGAAAGAGAUUCAAACCCACCUUAGUAAAGGAAGUCUCUCAUCUACUGAUCUUUCACCUGCCCAGUGGUCUGCUUUGGCCUUUGUGUUGUUGACAUCAGAGGAGGAGCUGGAGGAGUUUGAUCUUCAGAAAUUCAAGAAAUCUGAUGAGUGUCUUAUUAGACUAUCGGCAGUCAUCAAAACCUCCAAAAGAGCUUUGUAA